AUGUCAAAACGCGCGGCCGGUCCUGUGGACCAGAUGAUCAAGCUGAUUGUCGGCGCCGGCCAGGCCACCCCCAGUCCUCCGGUCGGCCCUGCGCUCGGCAGCAAGGGUAUCAAGUCCAUGGACUUUUGCAAGGAGUUCAACGCGCGCACCGCACACCUGACGCCCGGCACGCCCAUGCCCGUUCGCGUCAUCGUCCGUCCUGACCGCACAUUCUACUUUGACGUGCGCACGCCGCAGACCUCGUGGCUGCUGCUCAACACCGCCGAGGUGCCCGAGGGCAAGGGCGGCAAGCGCCGCGGCGCGCAGAACCCGGGCAAAGAGACAGUCGGCACCGUCAGCCUCAAGCACGUCUACGAGAUUGCCAAGAUCAAGCAGAGCGAGCAGCGGCUGUCGGGGCUCUCGCUGGAGAGCCUGUGCCGUUCGAUCAUCUACCAGGCCAAGUCAAUGGGUGUUGCCGUGGUGGCAUAG